GUGGGAGUGAGUGCGCCAUCACGCCUCCACAGACUGCCCGUCGCAUGUACUACGUAUCUUUUUUUGGUCUUCGUAAGUGCGCACCAAGUUUGUCCCGCGUUUUGACUUGGCAGACGAGGUACCGUAAGUACUGUACUCUCGCUGCGUGACGCUUUCUCCCCCCGCCGUCCUUCCCGCCAAACCAGCAACGCCAACCCCAACUCUUUUGCUCGGCAUCCAUCCAGCCUCGCCUCGUACUGCGCUGCCUGCGUCUCCGGCGUGGGUGCUUGACGACUCAUAUUCGCUCGUCCUUGCGCCAUGCUGGAAGACCACAACGGCACUCCAAAGGAUCCCUGACAGCCCCUGCGUCUUACUCUUCACCUGCAGCGCCUGGCCGGCACCUCGCCCGCAAGUACAAGGCCGCCAGCCAUGAAGAAGAUGGACACACCGCCGCUCACGCCCACGCACAAAUUCGCUCCCGUCAAGCUUCCUCCCGUCAAGCUGUCGCCAAUGAACAUUCCCUUCCCGCGGCGCCUGAAAAAGGCCGUCCCCGUCUACGUGGCGUGUGUCCUCCUCAUCUUCAUCUACUUCAACAUCGACGCCUUCCCCCGCAUCACAGACGACGAGCAGGUGCCGCCCCCUGCAAGGCUUCCCGGGAGCACAUUCCCGCAAAAGAUAUGGCAGACUUGGAAAAUUGACCCGCUGCUCUUCGGCAUCACGGAGACGGUGCGCGCCACGACAUGGCUGCAAAAGAACCCCCAGAUGCGGUACGAGGUCAUCACCGACAGCAACGAGAUGACGUACGUCGAGGAGCACUUUGGCCCCGACGGCGUCAACCGCCCGGACAUUGUCGAGUUUUACCGCAACGUAAAGCUCCCCAUCAUCAAGGCGGACCUGCUGCGGUACAUGAUCCUUUACUCAGAGGGCGGCGUGUACGCCGACAUUGACGUCGAGGCGCUCAAGCCGUUCCACCGCUUCCUCCCGGAGCGGCACAACGAGGAGGACUACGACUUGGUCGUGGGCAUCGAGGUGGACGAGCCGCAGUUCAAGGACCACCCGAUCCUAGGGCAAAAGUCGCAGUCGUUUUGCCAAUGGACCAUCAUCGCCAAGCCUCGGCACCCGGUGAUGCUAAAACUCGUGGAGAAUAUCAUGAAGUGGUACAAGGGGGUGGCCAAGAAGCAGCGCGUACCCAUCUCGCGCGUGGAGCUCGACUUUGACCAGGUCAUCACGGGCACGGGCCCGUCAGCAUUCACAUCGGCGCUGCUGGACGAGAUGAACCGACAGCAGCCCAAGGGCGCGGCCAAGGUGACGUGGGACGACUUCCACCACAUGGACGAGUCUAAGGUCGUGGGCCGGGUGCUGGUGCUCACGGUCGAGGCCUUUUGCGCCGGGCAGGGUCACUCGGACUCGGGCAACCACGGGUCGCGCGGCGCGCUCGUCAAGCACCACUAUCACGCGAGCAACUGGCCGAGCCGGCACCACCGCUACAACCACCCGGCGUACGGCCAGGUCGAGGAGUGCAACUGGAACGUCGAGUGCGUGCAGCAGUGGGACAAGGACGUGGCUGGUUACGAAAAGCUGUCGGCCGAGCAGAAGAAGGCCAAGGUGGCGGAGCGCGUGAAACAGGUCAAUGGCGGGUCAUAGAGUCGGCCGUCAGGCUGCCAGGGGUUUCGGCGUUUGUUGUUCUACUACUACUAUCACUACUACCGGGAUUGCGACCGUCCGGUAUAGGAGCGGCAGUUCUUCAGCCUAUAGACGGGGGUGGGCACGGCAUUUGACGCAUAUCACAAUUGUAUAUACCCAGCUGGGUCGUCCUUUGUACUGUACAGUACGAGAUACGUCACGAAGCGCGAGGCUCGGGGUUCUUGGUAUCUGGAUUUCGGGUCAACAGAUAUGUACUUUAUCAACAUUUCACAUGAUAUCAAG